GUCAGAAAGAAGAUUAUCUGAAGCUACUAUCACAACUUUACUAUCAUCAAGAGGAGCCGUAUAAAUGAAAUUUUUAAGUUAAUAAUAAUGGUUAAUGAAAAUGGAUCAUAUGUUUAUGGUAAUAGAGAAAUAAUUAAAAAAUUAAAGUUUGUCUUUUGAAGAAUGAAUCAAUGAUAGGAUCAUAAAAGAUAGUUUAGGAGCCUCAAUAAAUCAUGCUCCCAAUGUUUGGAGAUAAUGAAUUAGUAUUUUAUAUAAAUCCUUAAGAUUUACCAGAUUUAGUUGAUGAGGUACUUGACACUUAUUUAACACAUUCAAGAGCAUUUUUAGUAUUUAUGUAAGGAUAAAUGAUGGUGGAAAUCAUUUUGAUUCAUUAAUUUGAUUGA